CUCUUUGAUCAUUUGGUCUGUGGCUCAAUUUUUCAGUGCUGCAAGAUUGCAUAGUAUUUUCUUCCGGGAGAAAAUUUACAAUCUUUGGAAACAUUCAGUAGUGGAGUAUCGAUGGAGAAUGUUGCAAUAGUGAAGGGAGACAAACUCAUAUUAAGGGGUUUGAAGUUCCAUGGAUAUCAUGGGGUGAAGCCAGAAGAAAGGAAGCUGGGUCAGAAAUUCUUGGUGGAUGUUGAUGCCUGGUUGGACCUUCAGCCAGCUGGUAAAUCUGAUUGCUUGUCAGAUACUGUUAGUUAUACUGAUAUUUACCGAAUAGUUAAAGAAGUUGUGGAAGGGCCUGCACACAAUCUUCUAGAGUCAGUGGCUCAACUCAUUGCAUCUACCACUUUCACAAAGCACCCCCAGAUAUCUGCUGUUCGUGUAGUAGUUGGAAAGCCUCAUGUUGCAGUUCCUGGUUCUGUUGACUACUUGGGCGUUGAGAUUCUCAGAUACAGAAGUGUAGAUGCAUCAAACUGAACUUAUUAUUUGUACUUUUUUCUUUUUUCACCCAGCUGAACAGCUAUGUUUUUUAAGCAAAUACAUUGGUUGCUAUACAUCUAUAAUGGUUCUUUGACUGA